AUUGAUCCUUGACAGUAAACCAAUCAUGGGACGCAGAUUUCCGUGCCCGAGAUGAGCAUCUACAACCCCCUCACCCUUAUACUCCUCCCUCCGACCCACACGGAUCCGAAACCGUUGCCCACGGCCCUGGCAAUCGACCCCUUGGCUGAUUUACUAUGGUGCGGCUCGUCAACGGGUGUGGUCUCGACCUACUGCUCCCCGUCUCAUCUCUCCCCAAACGUCCGCUUCCCAGCUCAUGGGGCUGAUGCGUCCGGAAGCCUCCUCUCUGGUGGCAGCGGCAGUGUCAGGGGGAUCCGCGUGACCGAUAGAGAAGUAUGGACGCUGACAGAAGGAGGAGUUGGUGGUCGAAGAAGAGGCGGAGCAGCCAAGUGGAAUGUCAGCGAUCCUGCCAGGGGACUGAGAGCAAUGUGUGGGAACCCCACAAACUCUCACGAGGUCGUCGCAGGAGGCAUGAACGGGCUGGUCAUCGCCAACACAGCUCGAGGGGAGGUAUUGAAAAGGAUCGAUACGAGUCCUAUAGUGCAUCUGUCCGAUGCGUCACGGAGUGUCUUCAGUGCAUCUCAAUCUGGCCAAGUGUCAAUAUUAGACCCACGAAUCGGCUUCAAAACAUCAUCAACAGUGUCGCCCGUCCAGGCACAUACUGGUGGUCUGAAUGGUGUCGACGCAAGAGGGCAUAUCGUCUGUACAUGGGGAUGGACACAUAUGUCCGGUCAUCCGCUACCCGAUCCUCUCGUCCGCCUCUACGACGUCCGUACUCUCCGAGCUCUUCCACCCAUCUCGUUUCCUGCGGGUCCUGCAUUCGCCGUUCUUCAUCCUUCAGAUCCAUCCAAACUCGUCAUAUCCUCUCAGCAAGGAAUGCUACAGGCCAUCGACAUGGCCUCGGGCUCCAGUGGAGCUUUCGUCCAGCUCGACGUAUCAUCCUACAUCACGAGCAUGACGAUGAGCUCGACUGGAGACUACCUCGCGUUUGGUGAUGCGGAUGGUCAGAUUCAUCUCUGGACGGCUCUGGACACUGAGGAGCGGAACGAGGAUGGGACACUGGCACUGACUCCAUUUGGCACCGGUGUACGCACAGAAUGGCCCGAUCCUCCAGACCCCCUGCCAAAUGUGGAGUGGACAGAUGCAACACCUCUCAACGCCAUUGGAAUGCCGCACUACAACGAGCCACUGUUAUCCUAUUUUUCCACCACCGCAUACGCCCCUGCCUCCUCCCCCUUCUUCAAUCCACCUCCUCUCAUUCCCGAGCCGGUCCUUGCCUCCAUGAAGAUGGUCGACUUUGUCGGUUACGCCACCAUGCCCCAUGAGCUCCGUGGUAAGCGAUAUGUUGUAUCUGCUCGACCAGGCGCUGGGCGACGAGCGACCGACCGUGGCUUUGUCGAUCGCAAGCAGAGUGGUCCCAAGUUCCUCAGCGAAAGGGACCGAUGGAAAAACCUGUCUGUAGAUGACGAUGUCGGCGAGAUCCCCAAGUGGUAUCGCCAGGUAUCGAUCAAGUACUCCAAAUUCGGUGUCGAAGACUUCGACUUUUCAUUCUACAAUCAGACAACACAUAGUGGACUGGAGACUGACAUCUUCAAUUCGUAUACCAACGCCUUGCUUCAAGCCCUUCACUACUCAAACCCGAUCCGGUCGGUGGCAAAGGCACACAUCUGCGUCGAUUGCAAGCGCGAACACUGUCUAUUGUGUGAGGCGGGGUUCCUCUUCCGUAUGUUGGAAGAUGCCCGGGGUAUCAAUUGCCAAGCGAGCAACUUUUCGCGAGCUUUCAGCGCGACUCCUCAGGCCACCGCACUGGGUCUCAUCGACCUGGGCGAUAAGAGAACAUCUUAUGCGGCACUGACUCAGAAUCUGAAUCGAUGGCUAUUGUCCACGUUCAGCGUCGAGCACCUAGACCUACGUCCAUCCAUUGACGACGUCUUGGGUAUUCCUACAACUACCACUAUCACCUGCCAGCAAUGCGGUUUCACCUCGUCACGAGAUUCUACCAUCCACGUCAUUGAUUUAGCCUACCCUCGCAAGCCCGAAGGCACAUUCACAGAUAUUCUCCACUCAUCCAUUGUUCGAGAGAGCUCCACGCGGGCCUCGUGUUCGAACUGCAGGCAGUUUGCUCUACUCCAGACGAGACGAUCAUUGGCCUCUUCGCUCCCUCCCGUGAUAUCUCUCAAUCUAAUGGUGACUUCGCCUGACAUAUUGGAGCUCUGGCAAGGCGACUUUCUGCCGCCGAGUGUGAGCGUAGCAUCCCUCCCUGAUGGCGAUAUUACUGUAUCACUGGAUGAGGACGGCGACGUCUACAACGUGACGUCUUUGGUCGCGCACAUCCAGACGGAAGGCUCGUCUCACCUGGUAGCUUUUGCAAAAAUUUCCGGCGAAUGGUUCGUUUUCAAUGACUUUUUGGUCCAGCCCGUUCCGCCUGAGGAGGUGUUCACUUUUGAACCGUGGAAAAUCCCCGCCGUCAUUUUCCUCCAGAGACGUGACCUCAAAGUGGAUGUGGAUGCCUUGCCCACCCAACUUGGCCCGAACGCUCUUCUCGAAGACGUCUCUAUAGCAUUCAAUCGUCGUCGAAAUCUUAUCAAACAUAAAAUCUUGGAUCCAGAGGAGAUGCCCCCGCGGGGUUCGCUAGUGUCAAUCGAUGCAGAGUUUGUUGCCCUUCAGCAGGAGGAAAUGGAGUUCCGCUCAGAUGGCACCAAAAACAUUCUCAAACCGUCGCACAUGUCCCUCGCAAGAGUCUCCGUCCUGCGUGGCGAGGGUCGAGACGAGGGCAUCCCUUUCAUUGACGAUUACAUUCAUACUAGCGAGACUGUCGUCGACUAUUUGACCGAAUUUUCCGGUAUCAAGAGUGGUGACCUCGACCCAAACAACUCACCACAUACACUUGUACCUCUCAAAGUUGCGUACAAGAAGCUUCGCCUGCUGGUGGAUUUGGGAUGCAUCUUCAUUGGGCACGGUCUGUCCAAGGACUUUCGGACAAUAAACAUUUUCGUCCCUCCAACUCAGGUCAUGGAUACGGUCAACCUCUACGUCUUACCUGGUCAAAGGCGGAAGCUGUCGCUCCGCUUUCUGACCUGGUUCCUGCUGAAGAAAGACAUCCAGACCUCGAUGCACGACUCGAUCGAAGAUGCAAAAUAUGCCUUGCUUCUGUACAGGCUGUAUCAACGGUUCGUGGAGGAAAACCGAUUUGACGACGUGGUGGAAGAUAUUUUCUAUGAGGGACAGAAGCUUGGUUUCAAACCGCCUCUACAAGUCGAAGCCUCUCCUCAACCGCCUCAACCACAACCACCACCCGUCCACAGUACUCCCCAGCGUACUCCGCGUCAACAUCCGAGCUCGCAUAAUCUGAGGGGGAGGAGGGGCCGCAGAUAGACCUGUACAUAGUUGUCAAGAGACAGCAGAGUCGUAGCUCACGCAUUCUUGUCGAAAGCAGUCGCGUGAGCCAGAAUCGCCACGUAAAUUCGCCAAUGCUAUGUAGAAAUCAUUGUCCA